CAUCUCCGAUGGGAAAAUAUUGCCCUUAUUUCCAUUUACUCACUACCAGAUGCACAGCUCCUUGACUUCUCCCAUGGAACUGUAUGGUCAUGCAUUCAUGAAGGUGACAAUGGCCUACAAAUUAUCAACAUUAAAACAAUCAGGGCAGUUGUUGCUAUGGUUCCACAUUGCCCCACUCUACCUUCCGGUAUCACCAAAAACAGAUUUUUCAUGGUAGAGAAAGCUGGGCUUGAUGUUACACUCACUGGUGUCAAAGUCGAAGUUGAUGUACAAGAUGAAUAG